AAAGAUCAAUCAAAUAAUAGAAGAACAGAGGCGACGAAACCUGCCGGAGAAAGGAGAGAAAAAACCGGCGAAAUGGGAAAUUCGAAUUCGUCGUCUUCUGUUGAUCAUCGCUUCAUUUCUGCUUCCAGUAAUGUAUCAGCUGCGAUAUUUGCUCCUGGAUGGGUCUACGAAACCGAGCAACCACCGGAUUUUUACACGGCACAAAAUAAAUGGUGGUCACUUGUUGAGAAGUCAUGGGGUAUAGUUCAAACAUAUCCUCAAGUCCUACCUUUCUACUCAGAUUUUAAUCAGGGCAUUGGUUCUCAUAUCUCUCUUGGAGGUCAGAAAUUAUCAGAAGCUCCCUGGUACCACAUUUCGUGCCAAAGUCUGCAGCAACUCCUAGAAUUCAAUGAAGGAAAGAAUUCAGAUAUCUCAUGCAAGUCACUGUUGAAACACAAAUAUGGUAGUGGUGGGGAAGCAUCUUAUAAUGGAGGAGGGAACGUCAGUUUCAGAGGAAAACUAAAGAGAAAUGCACAUUUCACAGCAAGACUCUUCAAACCUCAGCUUCAGCUUUCUUCUUCCCCCAUCUCAAUCUCCUUUUCUUCUUUUAAGUUUACUCAUGUAAGUCUUUGGACUGGUGCAUUCUGUCUCCAUUUCUCAUCUCCUUCACAUGAGACAAAGUCCUUGCUUAUGGUGCCAAAUGAAUUCAUCAACAGAUUUGGCGACAUGUUCCUGCCACGUCUUCUCACAUCAAAACAGACCACAUCCGGUUGGACGGUGCACGAAACAAACCUUGUUCUGGAUGGGCACACACUGACUGAGAUCUCUGCCUUCUGCUCUAGACCAGAUGAUCUCACAGAAGAAACAAACACACUAGAGUAUUUUGCAUUGCUUGGACUUAUCUCCAUCAAGAGCCAGCAAAAAACCAAGCUUUUUCCUCUGGCGUCAUCAUGGGUUAUCGAGGCUCAUCACGUAAAGUUUGUACCAGGAGAGAAUCUGAGUUCGAGUGAUUAUAGACCAGGGAAGGUUAUGAAAGAACCAAGAAGCGAGAAAGUGUUUCUUGGAACAGCUCAUGUUGAUGCUUAUUAUGUCUCUGAUCUGGUCGUUGGAUCAGAUGUUAAGGGAGUCCGAUUCGUGGUUCAAACCUGUGGUGGAGAUGGUUCAUGGCAGGAGUUGGAUGCUUCCCCUAACCUUGUGGUUGAAGUAAAACGUCUGAGUUCAAAGCUUUGUUGUUGUGGCUUUGAUUUGAGUUAUGGUUCAUUUCCGAACUUGCAAUUCCUGCGAUCUAAUAAGAGCAUUGAUGGUGGAAUCACAGAGAAAGCUAUAUAAUGAAUUUUUUACUACAUUAAUGAAAAUUAUAAAAAUGAUGAAUGUAGCUGAUCAACUGACAAUGAAAUUCAAAUAGAAAAUUAAUUUUCAU